CCACACAAACAGACGGACCUCGAUCGUUUUCUGCGCAAAAUUACCGCACGUACCAAAAAAUAUAUGUACUUAAAAUAAAAAAAAAAAUAAAUAUUUUUGGGCAUCUGCAGUAUUGGUGUUUUUUUAGUCGAAAUUAUAUCGUUAUAUUGUACGCAUUCGUCGUCCCGAACCGUCAUCGACCCAACAUACGAUUCAACCAGAUUAUGUCGGGCACAAUGCGCGAGUCUCCGUCGGACUUUAGAAAUGGAGAUUUGAUAAGUCGUUUAUUAGCAGCCACGCCACCGUAUCAAACCAACUCUACGUUUGUACCGCCGGGAUUAUAUUUUAGCGAAAUGCUGAAAAGAUUCGUACAGGCAAAAUCUUGUGUACCCUUAUCCUUAAAUAAAAGAGGACGAAAACGGACCUGGAAGGAUAGCGGAAAGGCCGAACUACCGUCUGAAGCCAAGCAAAAGAAAAUGGAUUUCGUACCAAUACCGCAACCCUCACAAACGGAACCGCAAUUUCCAUUAUGGUACCCGCCAUUUUAUCCAUCUACUUAUCCGCCGGUGUAUUUUAAGACCCCGGAAGCGGAACCGCUGAACUUACAAAUACGGUCGGACCCGUUAAAGCAGGACAGACAUUAUUCGGCGUUCCGUGUACCCGAACCGUCCAAAGUCGAAGAACUCGAAAACAUCAGCAAUAAACAGGGAACGAGUUAUUUGAUGGGAAACUUGACGAAAAUAUACAGGCAAGUGGCGCCGGAGGAGGAAAAAAUUAUCGAUGUGGAGGGGGAUGGUCCUGAAACAGCGCAAACCGAAGGUGGUGAAAAAAAAAACUGUAAGGAUUUAACGGCUCUAAUCGGAUUAGAAUUAGUUGUAGAUUACGUGAAACACGGAAAUAAUAAAGACGGUCAAAAUGAUCAAAACGUCAAGUGUUGCCAAAAUGCAUAGUUCAAAAUAUGUUAUAUUAAUGCUAUUUAAUCAAACGUAAAUUUUUUAAUUUUUGUGUACCCCGCAGUCAGUAUUAUAUAAAUAAUAUAAUAUAUAUGAUAAAUAUAUUGUGGUUUUAGAUCUCUUACGUACAUCAAGGAUGUUCAAAAUGUCAUUUAAUUAUUUUUCUUUAGUUUCAAAACUUUAUAAUAUAGAUUAAUAAUUAAUAGUUUAAUUAGUCAUGAUACCUAAGUACCUAUAUUAUAUGUAUUAUCUAUAUUGUAUAUCGAGAAAAAAAAAUUUGAUAUUCUGAUUAUAUAGGUACUAAUUUAUUUUAACAAAACUAUUAUACAAUUAAUGAAGAUCAUAGUUUGAGUGUAAACAUCAAUAUUAAUGUUGAAUACUUUUGAAUGGAUAAUUAAUCAACCAUAAUAGAGGAUGUUACACCGACAUUCGUUGUUUCCGUCUUACAAGUGCGUAACAUGGCAAAAUUUGCGCUCAGCAGAUCACGUUUAAUUUCGUUAUUUUAAAAAUUGGAGAGAAUUUACCUCUUAUAAAAUUUAAAGGUAAGAUUGUUCUCUAUGGCAUCUCAUAUGCUUUUUGUUAUAUUUUAAUUUUAAAGUGAUAUCUGAGUAUUUUAGAAUUGUAAAUUGAUUGUAUAUCUUAAAAUACUCAUAACUUGCUUUAAAAUUGAGAUAUAACAAAAAGCCUAUAAGAUGCCCUAGAUAAUAAUUUUUAAAUCGUAUUAGGAGUAAAUUCACUCUAAUUUUUAAACUAACAGAGUUAAACGUGAUCUCCUGAGCGCAAAAUGUGCUUUAUUAUACGUAAAAGUAAGAAGGAGACAACAAAUGUCGGUGUAACGUCCUCAUGACAUAGUAUUCUAUAAAUUAUUAUUAUCACAAAAUUGUCUAAUUAAUUGUGUUUAUAAUUUUAUUUCAAUACAUCCAUCUUCAGGAUUUUAGUAAUUUGUUGCUAUUAUAUCUUAUAAUGUGUAUAAAAUGAAAAUUACAUAUAUCUAUCUACUAGUUACUUUAUACAGUGUUUACCCGCAUACACAUUUCGCAUUACAAUAUUAUCGUUACAUAUAGGUAAUAAUUUUAGAAUAAUAUAAUAAAUAAUUAUAAUACAUUAAAAUAAUUCAAAUUUUGGGUAGGUAAACUUAAUUAUCGAGUUCAGCUGAUAACUUUUUACCUUAGAUCGGACAUUCCCAUAAAUAAUUAAAUAAUAUAAGAAUCGUUGUCCGUUACAUAGUAUGAUAUUAUUGUAAGACAUUGUGAUACACAAUCAAUAAUUUUAAUUUUAAUAUAUUAUUAUAUAUUAGGUAUAAUGUAAUAAUUAAUUAAUUAGUAAAAAUACUGUACGAGUUUUCAUAAAUAUUUAUAUUUAAUUGUUCGAACGCAUUGAAAUAGAUUUAGUAGACAAAUCUUGGAAGUAACUAGGUACGAUAUCUACAAAUAAGUCCAGUAGCGUAUCCAGGGGGGGGGGGGGUGGUUUAGGGGGUUGUAACCCCCACCCCGAAAAUUGUUAAAUAAUAACAACAUUUUCAUUAAUAAAUUAUUUAAAUUUAAUAAAAUUAAUUUUAACCCCCCCCCCCUCCCCCUGAAAAAAAUUCUGGAUACGCCACUGCAAAUAACUGAUAAUAUACCUAUUUAAAUUCAGAUUAAAAAUAAAUUAUGUGGCAUUAUAUAGGUCAUAAUAAAUAUUAAUUGUGAGCGUGAUUUUUUUUUUAUCCGUCAUUUUAUGUAAAACAUACUUUUAACAAUCACGAAAGUUGUUAAACGAUUAGACUUGAUUCUCAUUGUAACUAUCUAGUCAUCAUUUCGUUACCUAUUAUAAUAUAAUAUACAUUGUAUUAUUAUUUUUAUUAUUUGGUUAUCUUUCAAAAACCUUGGUUCAGUCGGUGUUACACUAUUAUUACUACUAAAUUAUUUGAUGUAUCUAUAAAUUAUAAUGAAUAAUUAUUGUUAUAUUAUGUUUUAUUUAUAUUCUUGAAUUAUAAAUAAUACUUAGUCAUUUUGAAA